UACUAAGGGCAUCCGCUACUUGCGCAGUUUAUAUUUAAGGUUAGUAACCGCCGUCCUCCGCCCCCGUCCCCUUUCCUAAUAUACGUCUUUGAAAAUUCAUAAAUGUAUUUGUAAUGAAUAUUACAAACUGGAAGAUAUAAAUGGAGCGUAAAUGUUGAGCGUGUUGUCAGUGUUUCCUCCGGCUUCCCAUGGUGCAUCGCUUUAUUUUGUCUAGUAGCUCAGGGAGAUCUGACAGGAACACAGCCGACCGAGGCGAGCCGCUGGCAGCAUCACCAACAUGACCUGCAAGGUGGAGUGCGCUUAGCCGCUGCAGCUAGCCCGUUCGACCGCUAUUUAUUGCGCUUUAGCAGCUUCUUGACGGCCACGUAUUUUCAGCUGAAAGUGUGCUGCUGGUCAGCUGGCUGAAAGAAGUCUACAACAAGUAAAACCGUUCACAGGUUCCAGGGGUGGUGGGGAUCCAAACAGAUAUCGCCAUGGCCUCAGCAAACGUAACUCUGGAGAAUCAGCUGCACAGUGCUCAGAAAAACCUGCUUUUUCUGCAGCAGGACCACGCUAACACACUAAAGGGGCUACACGCAGAGAUCCGCCGAUUACAGCAGCAAUGCACAGAUUUGACAUAUGAGCUCACCGUGAGAAGCUCCGAUCCAUCAGACAGCAGCGAGGAACGAUGCAGGGAGCUGCAAAGGAGGUGUGAGGAGCUGGAGGCCCAACUUAAAAAGAAGGAGGAGGAGAACACCGAGCUGCUCCGGGACCUGGAGCAAAAGAACGCCAUGAUUUCGGUCCUGGAAAACACCAUCAAAGAGCGGGAGAAGAAGUACCUGGAGGAGCUUAAGAUGAAGAGCCACAAGCUGGCCGUGUUGUCUGGGGAGCUGGAGCAGAGGGCAAGUACCAUCGCUUACCUCACCUCGCAGCUUCACGCCACUAAGAAGAAGCUUUUGGCCGGAAGUUCCUCCGAGGCGAGUCCCAACGUCAGUCCCAUCAGCUCCUACAAGCCGACACCUCCCCCCGCCAAGGACAGGCAGCCUGAAACCCCGCGUCGCCGGAUGAAGAAGAGCCUCUCCCAGCCUCUUCACCCGGAGCUAACGGAGGUGUACCGCCUGGGCCCGGACGGCAGGCGGGUUGUCCUGCGAGAGCCGGUCGACGCCAUGCCCGACCCGACGCCGUUCUUGCAGGCAGCCCGGGAGUCUCCCGACGCGCAGCAGGUAGUGCGUGAGCGCCCCUCAGUCAUCCCUCCGAUCGCCUCCGACCGCUCCCCCAUCCCUCCCCUGGGCGCCGCGGCCAGCCCCCGACACAGCCCGGCUCGGGAGCGCCAGCACAGGGCCCACGUGGGCGUGGCGCACCGCAUCCCGCACGGCACCCCUCCCCUCGCCCCGCCGCAGGCCGAGCUGGAGACGCUGGCAGUGGACCAGGUCAACGAGGACAAGGUUCUGCAGAAGCGCUCGGAAGCCGAUAGGACAGUUUAACACUGCAAUGCUGCACCUGCGCAUUAACACAGAUGCACAUCUAGGGCCAGAUGCAUAAAACUCUGGUUUUAUGACUAAAAGGAGCGUGACCACAAAGGCAAAAAUGUGUUUAUGCAUUCUGUUUGCCAGAUUUAUAAAGAGUGCCUUGCAGAGGUAUUCAUACUGCUUGAACUUUUUCAGAUUUGAUCACGUCAUCACCGCUAACUUCAGUGCAUAACUUUAAAAAGGGAAGGAAAAUGAUACAUGUCUUUUUAAAAGUGUUUUAAAAAGCCAUAUUCAGAUUGUUUUAUAAACAAUCUGAAUAGUGUGGUUAAUAGUAUUAACCACACUAUUCCCAAAAAAACUCCCAAUGAGUUUUUUUUCUUUUUGUACUAUUCACAUGCUCUCAUACUUUGCUCAACCAUACGCUUCAUUUUUAAGUCUUUGCAGCCUUUAACAGGAUCAAUUCCUUAUCACCCACCACAGCAUGAUACUGCCACCACCAUGUUUUACCCUUGAAGUGGUGUGUUCAGGUUGUGCUGGUUUUCUACAAUACAUCAGUGUUUUUGCAUGUCGAAAGUUCGGUUUUGGUCUGUUUUGUUGCCUUCCUGCGACAAAAUGAAUGAAUAUUGAAUAUUUGUAAUGAGAUUAAUUUGCACACAGGGAACUCUGCUUGGUCUGGAUUUGAUUUAAAGGUGUCCGAGUAUAGAGAGCCGAAUACAUAUGCAUGUAACGUUUUUGUUGUUUGUAACAUUUUAGAAACCGACUAUCAUUUUCCUUCCCCCGCACAAUGGGGCAGAAAUUUCUGUUGACCUAUUGCAUAAAAUUCAAUAAAAUACACUGAAGUUUGGGAUUUUAAUGUAAAAUGUCAAAAAAAAAGAGAAAAAGUUCAAGGCAUAUGAAUACCUUUAUCAGACACUGCGGAAUGUGCUUCUAUCAGUACAUCUGAAUCAUUUUGAAAUUUUACACUCAUGCACUUCCUUCAUACUUUAACCCCAUUUCUGGCUUAUAGUAUGGAGGAAAUGUGUUUAGUCUCGGCUGUGAGCCCAUGAGCACAACAAAGCCUGAAUUAAAAUCCGUUACAUAUGCAACUCCACUUUCUAAGUUCAAAGCAACGGACCUCGACGGAAG